ACCUUCAACCAUCCACCUUCUGUACAUAAACAUCGUGCAAAAUGAGGGUUGAGACGUGUCAUUUCUGCGUAAGUGACGGGGUCGCAAGAGGUGAUUUUUUUUUUUUUUUUUUGGCGGCAUUGCUAACGGAGGAAUUGUUGUAUAACAGUCACGGCCGACCUACCCUAGCAAGGGUAUUACAUUCGUCCGGUACGUCGCUUCUGCUGAGAUUGUCUUUUGAAAUAAAGAAGCAGGGAUUGAGGACAAAUCUAACGGUAACAGGAACGACUCCCGUCAGUUUCGAUUCUGCCGUUCGAAAUGCCAUAAGAACUUUAAGAUGAAGCGCCAGCCUCGCAAGCUCAAGUGGACCAAGACUCACCGUGCCACUCGCGGCAAGGAAAUGAUUGUCGACUCGUCGCUUGUCCUGUCGCAGUUUGCCAAGAAGAGAAACGCUCCCGUCAAGUACGACCGCAACCUCGUCAACGCUACCGUCAAGGCUAUGGAGAGAGUCGAGGAGAUCCGCCAACGCAGAGAGCACCAGUUCACCAAGAGACGUCUGGCAGGCAAACUGGCUCGCGACCGCAAGCGCGAGGAAGACCGCAAGGUGGUGGCCGAGGGCGAGCACCUCAUUCGCAAGGAGCUCCGGGAGAGAGAAGAGGGCCAGCCUCUGGCCGCCGAAUCGACCAAGACGUCCAGAUUGCAUGGCGAGGAGAGACUCAGGCAGCAGAAGAAGACCAGAUUAUUGGUGGAUGGUACUACCCAGGAGGAGAUGGAUGUCGAUUAAAGGGUCACUUUCCGUUGAGC